AUGAUGGUGAUGAUGAUGGUGAUGAUGAUAAUGUGUUCUCGUGUUGCAGUUAAGCGUCCAAGUCCUUCCUUCCUUCCUUCCUCCUCUCUUCGGUCAACAAAACCUCCCCGACAGACAGACUGCAAGCGCCGCGUACUACUUCGUCCUCUCUGCCCGCCGCCAAAUAUAUUUUACCCAAAGACAGUCGCUGCAUUUUCCCUUUUUCCCUCAGGCGCACAAAAAAUCUAUAUCCCCCUUCCAAUACUAUUAAGUUAUCUGGUAGGCAGACAGCGGCGCGCGGGCCCUUUACGAGCGGGGCCACCUGAACGAGCAAGGCAGCGGCGAGUGGUGGCUCGGAGGCUGCCGUCCCCCGCGCGGUGCCGUCCAGCGCGUGCGUCCCGUCCAGACCGCCGCCCGCUGCCUGGCGCACAACGCAGCCUGGAAGUAGCAGAACCACCGGCGAGGCAAACUUCCCUUCACCUGAACGUGCCGUUAAUUAGGGAUUUUUCUCUUUCGCUAUAUCGGAAAGGAAAAAACUGUAGAGAGGUAGUUUUUAGGGGGCAGAAAGUGUCAUGUUUCUGCUGAAUUUCGACCGUGCAAGGGUUUCGAUCACGAGUUAGCGAACAGGUCCCCUCGGGGUACGACACGUUCUCCCACCACGUGCUGGCGGGGUGAGGGGACGAACGGAGGCCGCCUGGAGGCUCAGUGUGGCUCUUGACUACUGAGUGAGGGGAGGGAGUGCGCGCGGCAGCCGUGAAGCAUCAGUGUGACGAAUGACGAAGUGUUUCAAAGCUCAUUAGAUCUUUAUCACGAACACAAACACACACACACACACACACACACACACACACACACACACACACACACACGUGCGGGUGCCUCCCUCUGGUGCCACAGGAUGACGUGAACACAGCCCGUGGUCAUGGAGACAAUGGUCGUCAGAAGGUCGUGUCGGCGCUGCUAACGCGCCAUGGGCGUCCUCCUGCCGCUGCCGCCACCCACACACGCGCCCUGCACCGCGCCCCGGACACUGCUCCGCCCGGUGGCCGCGGCGUCGGUGCCGCCUUCAGGAGGUGCGCGGCGCGGCCUGGCCCAUCUUGGACCUCUGCAGGGUCCCAGCGGCAAGGACCCGCCGGUGUGCCAUGGCUCUGAACCGCCCCGCAUGACACCCGACGCCCGCCCUGCCCGGCGUCAGGACCCCCGCCAGCCUGAAGGGGCCGUCUUGCCCCUGGACGGCCCCCCCUCCAGGCACGCGGCUGACGGGCGGCCGGGCAGCCUGACCCCCGCCGCUCACCUGCACAUGUCGGCCGGGCCGCGGUCACGUGACGUGACCACGAGUCCGGAAGGCGGUGUCCCCCCUGUGUCCCCCGUUACCCAUGGUGCUGUUCGUGUUUCCCUGCCCCCCCUGCCCCUGACACCCCCGGGACCCGCCGCCCCGACCUGUGCUUCGAGGACUCUCCAGCAACACCUGAACACAAGUCCCGGGACCACGGACAAGACCGGAAGCGCCAUGAACUCGGCCCGCCCUUGGCUGUGGAGGAGCCCCGAGGAUGUCAAGGACUUGCCUGGGCCUGUGACAUCCCGCGAGGCAGCUCAGUCCAUCUCCGACACGCCUCCAGGAGCCGCGGCCACCCCCGCCCCCAGCCAGGCGAUGGGUGCCACGGCCCCGCGAAGGAACCCCCAGCCCUCAGGCCCCCUGAAGCCCCUGCGGCUGCACCUGGUCCUCGUGGUGCUGCUGCUCACGUUCUCCAUGGCAGAAGGUGAGUGCCAACACUUUGUCUGUCCGUCCUUAUGGUGUCGGUGACGUGUGUCUUGGGGCUGUCAGUGACGUGUGUCUGUGUGUGUGUCAGCGUCGCCGCCAGGCAAUGCCUCGCGCCGAUUUAUACUCGUCCUUUAUCUGUUCACGAUGGACGAGGCUGCGGCGGAAGGAGACGCGGUGCUGCCGGCGCUGUGAGGCUGUGCGGA